CUGAGCCCUCUGGAAAGACCAGAGCUCAUUCCAGGAUGCCUUAGCCCCUCUGUGACCCCAGGUGAGGGUGGCUGAGGGUGCUAAUUGGAGGCCUCCCGCCCUGUUUCAGGGAGUAGCUGAGUACCACCAUGGAGGCCUGCAGAAUGGAGGGAGAGAGUAAGGAGAAGCUGGCAUCUGUGUCCAGUCUGGUGACCGUGUUUGAAAACAGCAGAACUCCAGGUGCAGCAUCCAGAGUCUGCAAGCUGGAGAUCGAACAUCACUGCCCUGGGGGCAGGGCUCCCCCACCUGCAGAGCCAUGGAAGGAGCCCAACCUUGGGGAGACCCUGCAGAGGUCCGAGCCCAGGAUGGUUAGCAGGCGGUACCUGAGCUCCCUGAAGAACAAGCUGUCCAGUGGGGCCUGGAGGAAAUCUUGCCAGCCUGGGACCCACGCUGGGCUAGGGACACAGGAGCCUGAGGAAAAGAAGAUCGUCCAGGAGCUCCUGGAGACAGAGAAGGCCUAUGUGGCCCGCCUCCAUCUGCUAGACCAGGUGUUCUUCCAGGAGCUGCUGAGGGAGGCCCGCGCCAGCAAGGCCUUCCCCGAGGACGUGGUCAGGCUCAUCUUCUCCAACAUCUCCUCCAUCUACCAGUUCCAUGCACAGUUCUUCCUCCCGGAGCUGCAGCGGCGGCUGGAUGACUGGACAGCUACCCCCCGCAUCGGUGAUGUCAUCCAGAAACUGGCCCCAUUCCUGAAGAUGUACAGUGAGUAUGUCAAGAACUUUCAGCGAGCGGCUGAGCUGCUGGCCAGCUGGACUGACAAGUCUGCCCCCUUCCAGGAGGUGAUCACCCGCAUUCAGAGCAGCGAGGCCUCCGGCAGCCUGACUCUGCAGCACCACAUGCUAGAACCUGUGCAGAGAAUCCCACGCUAUGAGCUGCUGCUCAAGGAGUACGUCCAGAAGCUGCCAGCCCAGGCUCCAGACCAGGCCGAUGCUCAGAAAGCACUGGACAUGAUCUUCUUGGCCGCUCAGCACUCCAACGCAGCCAUCACUGAGAUGGAGCGGCUGCAGGACCUGUGGGACGUGUACCAGCGCCUGGGCCUCGAGGAUGACAUAGUGGACCCCUCCAACACCCUGCUCCGCGAGGGUCCCGUCCUCAAAAUCUCCUUCCGCCGCAGUGACCCCAUGGAGCGCUACCUUUUCUUGUUCAACAACAUGCUGCUCUACUGUAUAUCCAAGGUCAUCCAGGUGGGCGCCCAGUUCCAGGUGAGGACCCGCAUCGACGUGGCCGGAAUGAAGGUGCGGGAGCUGACUGAUGCGGAGUUCCCCCACUCCUUCCUGGUGUCAGGCAAGCAGCGUACUCUGGAGCUGCAAGCCCGGUCCCGGGAGGAAAUGAUUUCCUGGAUACAGGCCUGCCAAGCGGCCAUUGACCAGAUCGAGAAGCGGAAUGAAACCUUCAAGGCUGCGGUCCAGGGCCCUGAGGGAGACACCCAGGAGCAGGAACAGCUGCAGUCCGAGGAGCUGGGCCUCCGGGCACCACAGUGGGUCCGGGACAAGAUGGUGACCAUGUGCAUGCGUUGCCGGGAGCCCUUCAAUGCCCUGACGCGCCGCCGGCACCACUGCCGCGCCUGUGGCUACGUGGUGUGCGCCAAGUGCUCCGAAUACCGGGCUGAGCUCAAAUAUGAUGGCAACAGGCCCAAUCGAGUGUGCUUCCACUGCUACACCUUCCUCACUGGAAACGUGCUCCCCGAGGACAAAGAGGACAAGAAGCGGGGCAUCCUAGAGAAAGGGUCCACGACAGGGUCCGAGCAAAGCAUCAUGUGCGGCUUCCUGCAGCUGAUUGGGGACAAGUGGGGAAAGAGCGGGCCCCGGGGCUGGUGUGUGAUCCCCCGGGACGACCCCCUCGUCCUCUAUAUCUAUGCUGCCCCUCAGGACAUGCGGGCUCACACCUCCAUCCCCCUGCUGGGCUACCAGGUGACUGCGGGGACCCAGGCUGACCCUCGGGUCUUCCAGCUGCAACAGUCAGGCCAGCUUUACACCUUCAAGGCUGAAACUGAGGAGCUGAGGGACCGCUGGGUGAAGGCCAUGGAGCGGGCGGCCAGUGGCUGGAGCCCAAGGGGGCCCAGUGAUGGAGACCUGUCCGACUGACCCCCAGCCGACCACUCUCCCCUUCAGAGCCCGGCUCCUGCCUGGGGCUGACCCUGUGGCGUCUGUGAUCCACUAUUCCACGCUGAGCUUUCAAAUAACCAAUUUCCAGGGGCACCUGGCUGGCUCAGUCUGUAGAGCGUACAACUCUU